AUGUCAAGCAUAGAUAGGGAACUAAAACACAACAAAUAUCCGUAUCUGAUCAUGUCGAGCACUGGCUUCGAGUUCAGUCAAUCGGAGAUGCCUUUGCAGCAAGGUCCAAGAGAUUUACGAGACAAGGGUUUCCAAUCUCAUCUUUUAAGCUGGGAAUACGUUACCCUGAGAACGGCAGCAGAUGGCACAGAGUUCCUUGAACUGAAUAGGCGCCCGACCAGAACAAGGUCAGGGGGUGACAUUUCAAACAUCAGGAAAGUUCCACCUAGACUGUAUGCCACACAAGACGACAGAUGCCCCAUCGCAGCCUACAUGUUGUUUGCCUCUAAGCGGCCCAAAAAAGUACUCAAAGCAGAGGCUGAGGUAAAUAAUAAACAACUAUUGAUCCGUCGGGCUGCCCAAGAAUAUGGCAUUCCAUACAACACCCUGCGAGAUAGGGUCAAUGGUCGGAUUGACAGUGACAAUUAUGGAAAGGAGACGAUGUUCUCAUCGGAGGAAGAGUUGGGGUUAGUUGAGCAUGCUGAAAAUUCUGCUAGACUAGGCUACGGCUACUCAAACACCAGCAUGCAAAGAUUAGCCGGCGAACUUGCCUACACGUUGGGAAAGCGGCCGUCGGAUAAGCCGCUCAGCAACUGCUGGCUCUACAGCUUCUUGCAGCGAUGGGGUGACAGAGUGUCUUCAUUAAAACCUUCAUCCCUCGAGACAACCAGGGCAAAAGCCACCACUCCCGAACAUAUUGGGGCAUAUUUUGAGAACAUAGAGAAGGCGGUAGCUCUGCACAUGCUCCAAGAUAGGCCAGAACUCAUUUACAACAUGGACGAAACAGGCAUAAGCCCCGAACACCGCCCCCCUAAUAUUUUAGCACCGACAAAAGAAAAGGCCCAUGCUGUGACCUCACCACGUUCCGCUACAACAACAGUGAUUGCUGCUGCUAAUGCUGCUGGAGCCUGUAUACCCCCAUAUUUCGUGUUUAAAGGUAAGAGAUACAACGAAGAGCUGAUGGAAGGCGCGACACCGGGCGCACGGGCUACAAUGUCGGAUUCCGGAUGGUCAACGACAGACGUUUUUAAGGACUGCCUUGAAAACCAUUUCCUUAAGUACGCAGCCAGAACAGACGAAAACCAGCCAAUCUUACUUCUUUUAGACGGCCACACUACCCAUACGACACCAGAACUGACCAGAUGGGCGAGGGUCUAA